AUGAAAAGCAGAAAUGGGACGAAUUUCAAACAACUACAGCAACAACAACAACCCUCUCAUUCCUCAUCAUCCUCCUCAUUGUCAUUAGGUCAUCAUUCCGAAAGCGCCUCAAACCUCUUGAUCAUUUCUGGUACAAGUGCCUGUAAGAAUGCUCCAACCACUAGUAGUGGUGGUGGUGCCCCGAAUUCGAGAGCCAACAGCCUCAUGCCAUCAUCUGCCACAACAACAACAAGUAGACCUCGUUCCAGCUCUCUCUCUUCUACAAAAACUCUCCAACAACCACCACUCUCUCAUCAUCAUCCAAAAUUAUUGAAAGAUCUUUCAAUUCAUUCCGAUGUACAGUCAUCUUCAAAUUCUUCCGAUGAAACCAAACAAGAGGCUCAAAGUCUUUUAAAUCAAUGGACAAAACACAACACAGGGAAAUUCCUUCCAAUAGAUUCCAGUCUGAAUUUACAAUCGAAUCACUUGAUAUCAAACAUGGUGUCAGGAACGUCCUUAUAUAAAAAUGUUUCAGAAACACCCCUUCAAGAAACCACACCAGAAAAUUCUUCAAAAUUUCUUGAGAGAGUCAAAUCAAAAAAACCCUCUCAACUUUCACAAUGGGAAAAAUUAAGAAUUUCAAUGGAGAGAAAAAAACCAACUCUUCAACUAGUGGAUGAUAUUAAGGAAUUUGAAAAUAAUAUUCAUGCUGAAAAUAUAUCCCAAAUACCAACCAUGACUGUAAAUAAUUUAUUGAGUCCAUCGAAUAUUGGAAAUGCCGCCAAAAAUUUGAGAAAUGAAACACAUGAUUUUUCAGAACAGACAUCCUUAUUUCAGUAUCAACCUUUAAGCGAAAUGAUGAGUGACCAAACAAUUUCAAAAGAGACACAACAUGAUUCGACAGGCUUGUUAUUAGCCCAUAAUAGUGCUGAGAAAGAGACAGCAGUGAGUGAUUCUGUCGAACAACAACUACAAGCCAUCAAAUCAAAAUUAUUAGGAAAGGAUUACAAAAUUGAAGAAAAGACUCUUGUCUCAAAAAAACCAUCCAUUCAGAAAACAACUCCUCAAACACCACCCAAAAGUACUGUAGACAAUAAUGGAUCAUCAAUCAAUUAUAUCACAUGCCAGAAAGAUAUUUUUAUGGCAGAAAAUGAAAAAAGAAAAGCUGAAGAAGAAGUUCAGAAAAUUAAGCGACAGUUGGAAGAAGAAAAAAACAAACUAAAACAAGUUCAACAAAUGAAAAAACAAGAACUAAAGACGAUUCAACAACAUCAACAAAUCAAAGAAGAGAUGGAGAAAAUCAAGCAACAACAGUUGAAAGUGUUAAAAGAACAUGAAAAAGAGCGCACGGAAAUGUUGCAAAAAUUGUCAGAAGAAAUUAUAAGGAACAAUAAUUUAACUUUGAAGAGCAAAAUAUUUAAUGUGUGGAUGAAAAAAAGUGCCAAACGAUUUCAAUUACUUUUAAAAGCAAAGACUCUAUUCGAUUGGAAGAUUAAAAAAAAGGCAUUCAAAGCUCUUCAUCAAAAUUGUAAACUUAAAAAAGAAAUUCAUGAAAAACAACAAAUGGAAAAGAUGUUAUUACUUGAAAAGAAAAGAAAUCAAGCAGCAGAUCAAUUUUAUAGAAGUCGAUCUCUCUCCUCUUGUUUUCUUAAAUGGGUAUGUCAAUAUAAAAUUGCAAGAGAUCGAAAGAUUAUUGAAAGACAACAUUUGAGAAGAAGAGACAUGAUGAGUCAUUUCAUUGAAAAGAUGAAACAACAACAACAAAAGGAAGUACAACAAGAAGAGAAUUCCUGCCAAAAUCAUGUCAAGACAAAAAGUAAUAGUAGUAAUAGUACUCCAAGUAGUCGUAAUAGUAAUAGUAGUAAUAAUAGUAAUAAUAGUAGUGGUGGCGGUGGCAGUGGUUCAGAAAAGAUCUCUGUGCCAAGAAAAGAGAAUUCUCUUCAUGCUAAUACUCACACAUCGUCGUCGACAUCUCCUCCUCAGGUACUUCCACUUUCCAACCAAUCAUUGCCCAAUAUUGAUUUGGAACGAGAGAUGAGUUCAAAACAACAACAACAAGACACUUUACAAAUCAAAGAAGAGCAACAAUUAGUAUUACCACCAUCAUCACUGCCACCAAACACUUCCAAUCAUAGUGAGGACAAUGGUUUGACCAAUCCCAAUGAUGAUGAUGAUAAUGGAAAUGAAUGGACCUCCAUUCAACAUGUCUCACAAGAACAGACAACCAUUCCUCAUCAGACCUUCGUAAAGAAGAAAACCUCUCAUCCAUCCACACCAUCAUUUCUCAAAGCAAUGGAAGAACGAAUGAAUGAAAGAAAAGAGCGAUGGAAACAACUUCAAGAGAAGUACAAGUUACAAGAAGAGAGUAAGGAAAAAUUAAAACAAGAAGAGGAAAAGAAAAAGUUAGAAGAAGAGUUGGAACGUAAAAAAGCACUCGUUGAAGAGAAACGAAGAGAGAAAGAAUUACUCAAACAAAAAGCCUUAGAAAAAGAAUUGAAACGACAAGAAUCCAUUCAGAAAAGAGAAUUAGCUCAUUCUCACUAUUUGAAAACUCUUGCAAGGAAUCGAAUUUUGAGACCACUCCAAAUAUGGCUCAAACAAAUUCAUGAGAAAGAACUUGAAAUGGAGAAAGUCUAUCACAUCAAACUUAAACGACUUGUAUUCAUUGCUCUUCGUGCCAACGUGAUGGAAGCAUUGGAAUUGAAAAGAAAAUGGAAACAACAAUGCAUUGAACGUAAAAUUGAAGUAAUGGAAAGGAAAUGUAAAUCUCGUGCAUGGAAGGCAUUGAAAUUGAAUGUUAAGAAUCAUCAAGAGGCCAUUCAAGAGGCUUCGGAACACUAUUCACUUUCAAUUCUCUCUAAAUAUCUCAUUCAAUGGAGAAUACAAUACAAAAAGCACAAAGAGAGAAGACUUUUAAGAAAAUAUGAAAAUAAGAAGAAGGCUGAACAAUUCUAUGAACACUAUUUAUUGAGAACUUAUUUCAAAAAUUUACAACAUGCACUUGUUGCAAGAAGAGUGCAAAGAGAAAAAGAAGAACAAGGAAAAGUAUUGAAAGAGAAGGUUAAAAGUUGGUUGACUGAUUUCAGACUCAAGAAGGAUAUUGAUUGGUCGAGUAGUAGUAGUGAUGAUGAGGAUGAUGAGGAUGAUGAGGAUUGA